UGCUGUGGGGGAGGCGAGCAUACGAGUUGCACCUCCACUGCAACUAGCGGAUGUGUUUUACUUUUCUUUUCUCUCAUACGUUCUCACUUCCCUCCUCUACUUACCAACCUCGGCGUUGUCAGGCAGGUGCCAACAUAUUUCGUCUCUGUAUCUUGUUUCGUCUCUAAUCAAUUCAUACUCUAGCAUUGGCGUUUUAUUGUAAGCCUAUGUGGAUCGGCAGAUUGUAAUUAAUAACAGACCGUUUUUGCAGUUUUGUGAUUUUGCUCCGCGCUGUGAAGUCUUCAAAAGCGGCAGCCUGCAUCCGCCCGUUAAAGAUUGAGAAGACUGACAAGAAAGAUUUCCCUCUUCAACUCUGAGCGGUUCGAUCUGUUUGGACAGAAUGACGGCCAUCAUUAGAGAGAAGGACCAUCACCUGACCACGCUGCAGAGACCCAGCAGGAGUGAGAUAAGCCGAGAGGGCCUGAAGAACUAAGUAAGACGUUAUGUGAAGCGUGUAUGAAGCUCACUGCUGGAGAACUGCUGACUGUACAAAAACUUCUCCAUAUGAGAGACGGUUAAGGACUCUGAAAAGAGAGACGUUGUAGGUCAGUUCAACAAGCUGAAAGACCACUGGCAUCUCUAGGCGUGGAGAUACCACAAGGAAGGGCUACAAAUCGCCUGCUAUUAAAACUACUUCCUGAACACAGGAGUACAACACACACAGAUGAGUGAUCGCCAACUUUGACUACCUCGUGAACUCUGUUCCUCUUCAAGUUCCAGAGAAAUACUUUUUUUUUCUCCCAUAGAACCACCAAAAUCUAGAGGAGUGAGACUGUCGGAGGCAACUAUGGACGGCCUGGAAGAGAUGUCGGUGAAGUGUGUCCUGGUCGGGGACAGUGCGGUGGGCAAGACGGCGCUGCUGGUCCGCUUCACCUCAGAGACUUUCCCGGACACGUACAAGCCCACAGUGUUUGAGAACACAGGGGUGGAGGUGUAUAUGGACGGUGUUCAGAUCAGCUUGGGGCUGUGGGACACUGCGGGCAAUGACAACUUUAGACAAAUCCGACCGAGAUCCUACCAGCAGGCUGACGUCGUCCUCGUCUGCUACUCUGUGGCCAACCCUAACUCGCUGGCCAGCAUUCAGCAUAAGUGGAUGGCUGAGAUUCGAGAGAACUUGCCCAAGGUGCCAGUGCUGGUUGUGGCCACCCAGACGGAUCUGCGGGAGAUGGGGGUGCAUCGGGCCAGCUGCAUCUCAGCGGUGGAGGGGAGACGCGUGGCUCAUGAAGUCCACGCUAAAGGCUACCUGGAGUGCUCCUCCUUAAGCAACCGUGGCGUGCAACAGGUGUUUGAGCAUGCAGUCCGGACGGCCGUAAACCAGGCCAGGAAACAGGCCAGGAGACGGAUGUUCAGCAUUAACCAGUGCAAGGUCUUUUGACCUUUGACCUUAGACUUGGUGGGCACCUGAGCCUUCAUGAGAGGCCUUUUUCAAGUGCGCUGUUCAAACUCAGAAAGGGCCUGUAGAGGUACUAGAACCCAAAGCUGUAUUUCUCCGUAUAUACCUACGCUAACGGUGUGUCCUGCCCGCCCCAAAAGACUCCUCUAAACUCAAACUAAAAAAAAAGGAAUACUUUGAUCAAAUGUAAACUGGUGAAAGUUCUACUUUUGUGUGAUCCAGGGAGAGAUGUGAAGAAAAGGAGUUAAUCUUUGAUUCUUCUGAUCUGCUUGUGAAUUAAACCACAGCUCAUCACAUGGAGGUGUUUUCGAUGGGACAUUGGAGAAUUUUUGUCUUUCAGAAUUACUCCAUGAAGAACUUUUACUAUGAAAGGCUUACUUUAAUUAAAGCAUUUGAAACUUUGAUAUUGACACAGCUGAGUUAAACUCUUCAGAAUAAGGAAAUGUGGGUGUUAGCUCAGAGAGCCCAACAUUUGUGUUGCAUCGGGCUCUAAAUAUUCUCUAUUAUUUCACCAGGGAGGAUAACAUUUCAUUAGACUUGAACAGGAAAUAAACCGUCAAUAGAUCGAAGCAGGCUGUAUGUUUCUCUCGGUUAUACGUGCAUUUUAUAUGCUAUAUAGCUCUCAAAUCUAUUUAUAAGAUACCUGUGUUUUUAUUGUUUGAAAUGUAUACACAGACAUCAGUUGCAUUGAAAUGAAAUUUGACUAAUGCAUGACAGUCAACACACAUCAAUCAUUGAAAAAAAACCAUAAAACAUAUAUUUUAAAAGUUUGUUUUUAUAUAAACAAAAUAUAAUUGAGAAGUUUGUUUAAUAAUUUAAUAUUUGAAGAGGAUUGAAACUUUUUUUUAAAUUCUACAAUAAAAAAAGGGACAUGAUACAUAAACAUUGUCUGAAAUGUUUACACUUUUUAUUGAAACUAUAUGCCACAUAUUGGCAGCUUCUGUGGAUUUUUUUUAAAUUGUAUUUUUAUUUAAUUUAAUUGUAUACCUCGUUUUAGAAAACUACCGUAUAAGAAACAUUUGAAGACAUGACCUGCUACUAUGUAUCUUGCAAACUAUC